CUUAUCCUGGUUUUCAGAUGGACUUGCGUUAUCCUAUACAAAAGAGGACGAGCGUCGAGCAGCGGUGAAGCCCUGGACCUCCGUCGUCCUCCAUCCAUGGCGGCCAAAGGCGACGCCUUUCUCCUACUUCUCCUCUCCUUCUCCCUCUUCUCCUCCGCCGUAGCAGCUGAGGAACCAACCCCCUCCCUCCUCGACCGCCAGGAGGCCCAGCUCCACCGCCUCGAGACCCUCGUCGAGUUCCUCUCCAAGACCGUCUCCGACCUCCAGUCCUCCCUCUCCGCCUGCUCCGCCCCGCGAUCCCACCAUCCCCUUCCCCCUCUCGUCACACAAGCGCCGCCCGAGCCGGCGGCGCACGGCUACCGGACCCCCGGGGUCGCCGUGACCCAGCACAAGACCUGGUGGUCGGAGCGGUUCCAGUUCACCGCAGCCGCGCGGCUGGAAGCCUCCGUCUCUGCCGCCGCCGUCCUUCACUACGAGGACCUCGACGGCCUCAGCAAGUACUUCGCCGUCGGCGACACGCGGGGGCGGGUCUACGUCUUCUCCUCCGCCGGCGACGUCCUCAUCGGGCUCCCCUCCAUCUCCGACUCCCCGGUGACCUCCAUGCUCUGCUACCUCUCCUCCCGCCGCUACGAGAGCCUCCUUUUCACCGGCCACGCCGACGGCUCCAUCGCUGCCCACCGCCUCUGGGAGUCCGCUGCCAAUGGCGACGACUCGGCCACCCUCUCUGUCGACAGCUCCCGGCCGUUCCUCCGCGGCCCCCGCGAGCUGGACUCCCCGCCGGUUCUCGGCCUCGAGAUGCAUCAGAUUGGCCGGACGAGGUACGUCCUCGCCACGGACGGCGGCGGGAGGAUCAGGGUCUUCACAGAGAAUGGCACUCUCUACGGCACCGCCAUUGCCUCCAGCCUACCUCUUGCCUUCAUGAAGCAGAGGCUUCUCUUCUUGACCGAGACUGGCGCCGGGUCUCUCGACUUGCGGUCGAUGGUGGUGAAAGAAACGGAAUGCGAAGGGCUCAAUGGAUCAGUCCCAAAAACCUACUCUUUUGAUUCAUCAGAGAGGUCCAAGGCAUAUGGGUUCACCGCCGGAGGUGACCUCAUCCAUGUCAUUCUCCUGGGGGACGUUGCCAACCUCAAGUGCCGGGUUCGAGCGGUGAGGAAGUCGGAGAUAUAUGGCCCUGUUUCCAUCCAAACUAUCAAAGGCUAUCUCCUCGUGGCGAGUCAUGACAAGGUCUUUGUCUACAAUAUCUCCUCUCAGUAUUUUGGCAGGGUCGGAGCUCCUCUGCCUCUCUUCUUUGCCACCAUCCAUGAAAUCAAAUCACUCUUUCUGAAUUCUGAUACUACAGCUGAUGGGUCUUUGACUGCAAAGACUCUGAUCGCCGCUGACCGUGAAAAGCUUGUGGUUUUAGGAUUUGACGAUGGGUACAUUGGGAUAUACCGGUCGAAUUUUCCGGUGUUCAAGGUGGAGACUAAUGCCGUGGUGUGGAGUGGCUCUGCUCUGUUGUUCCUCUUGUUCCUCAUUGGCGUGUGGCAGUUCUAUGUGAAGAAAAAGGACUCUUUGGGGUGGGUGCUGGAGGAGUCCUUCAAUGCCUCAGGCAUCAGAGCAGGUAGCCUUUUGGGUUGUGGGGCUAGUGACAGAGCUUAUGUCGAUGGUCCGAGAGCUGGCGAUCUUAGGGAGUGGCGAGGAGGUGCGCUAAGAGAUCCACCCCGAAGGUAUGCGUCUGCCCCUUCUCAGUAUCCAGGAGGACCAGGGAUCCCAUUUAGGACUGGUUCGGCCGACUCUAGUUUUAGAGGACCUGCAGAACUGAAAUUUAGAGGGCAGAGUAUGGAACCCACAGGCUUUGCCACAAGAAGAGAGUCACUGUUUCCAAACACUUCAAUUGCAGAUGAUCAUAUUGAUUGAGAGUUUACUUGUUUGUACUGCUACUUGUUUGACUUCGGGGCCUUGCUGGUUUCACCUGUCUGGGGUUCAUAGGAUCCUGGUAUGUUUUGUUGCAUUGUUCGAAGUGUUGUACAGAGUAUGCAUCAUAAUGAAACACCUUGACAGAGCAAGCUUAGAUGAUUAUUUGCAUUGGCCCAUUUUGUAUGGCUCAACAUUUCCAAUGCAAAUCCUAUUUUCCACUGUCUCUAUGAA